AUGGUGAAUGUGUCUGUAGUUCGUGAUAGCUUGGCCCAGGCCGCUCAGUCCACGCGUGUAGCUAUGCGCUGUUUGAACACUGGUCGAGACUCACACGAUGCUUCGCUGCGGGCGCUAUCACUCCUCACCGAUAACCUCGACCUCCUCUAUCGCAUAAAGGACGAAAUUUGUUGGGCGGAAGAAAAAUGGUUCGUUGCGGUCGGUCGCUUACGGGACUUGAGCGAGUUGCUCUCGUGGUAUGGGUUGAGCAUGAGGUCUAUUGAAUUGUAUUUUCAACCAGGAGGCGUCAGUCCUUUCUACUUCAGGAAGCACCUUUUGGACAAGACGUAUAUCCCUCGUCUGGAACAAUACAAGAUCAUGUUCCUCUUGUCCAUGCAGCCUGAUUCGGAGCAGCGAGCGUCAUUAGACAAAGAUAUAAGAAUCAGUUUGAAGAGACACCGGGAAGUUGAAACCGCCAACCUCAAGGUCGACCUGCAAUUCGAAGAGGACACCCUGACUCUUACAAGCCGAUUAUCUUCAGAGCACUUCAUCACCCUCGCCGACCUCUGCAAUAGACGUCAACAAGGAAGUUGCUCGUGGAUCUUUGAGAACACACAUUUCAAACAUUGGUUGUUUGGGAGCUCUAGAACUUUGUACUGUGUUGGGCCUCCUGGCGCGGGCAAGACAUUCUUAUCAUCUGCAAUCAUUGAUUUCCUCCAAAAGUCAUUCACUUCCCCGGACGUCGCCACAGUAUUUGUGUUCUGUCAAGAAGAAGGUGGCAAAGAGCGAACAUCAAUAGAUCUUUUCAAGAAUAUCCUUGCACAGCUUGUAUAUCGCAAGCGGGGUUUGUCUUCGGCUACAUCGGCACUUUAUCUUUCCGAAUCACUACAACAGGGGAGCGCUUCUACCAAGGCAUAUCAAAAUGCGAUCCGGGCGGAAGUUAACCGUUUUUCAAAGGUCCUUUUCAUCAUCGAUGGACUCGACAUGUAUACAGACAAGGAUCGCAUCUUGGGUCGGCUUCAAAAGCUUCCACAGCAGGCUCAACUUCUCGUCACACUGCGAGACAUGAGUGGUAUAAAACCACUCGAUAAUUCUGGAUACGUAAGCGUAUUCGCAAUGCCUGACGAUGUUGGCAUUUAUACUCUUACCCGGGCGCGAACGGACAGCAGCCUUCGCAAAAUAAUCGGAGAGGACGAGCCAGAUCUCAAACUUGAGGAUGCGGUCAUUCAUUCCGUGGUGGAUAAAUCUCAUGGAAUAUUCCUCCUUGCAAAGAUCCAUCUCGAUCUUUUGUCUCAAUAUACGGAUCGCGCUCUUCUUGAAAGAGCGCUGGUCCAUCUCCCAGAGAACCUAGGUGAAGCAUACGGAGAGGCAAUGAAGCAGGUCGUCAGCCAAAGUCCAAACGCAUCACGCUACAUUUACUGGGCACUUUAUGCGUUCCGACCAUUGACUGUCUCCGAGCUGCGGAGCGCAGUUGAUGACGAAGGUUUGGGGGACACCUUGGAAAAGAUGUCUUUUGAGCAAGCCUUACAUAUUCAGAGUGGAGGUCUCCUAUUUGUUGAUGCUGUGACCGGAACCGUCCGCUUCGUUCACCGGACCGCGAAGGAAUACCUCGAUGGGUCGGCGUCCCGGGUUUUCUUCCCCGGGGCGCAAAAGGAAAUUGCCCAGGCUUGCCUUUCUGCUAUCAGUCCCGAUGAAGUUGUCGACGAGUGUUAUAGAGACGAUACUAGCCCGUCGCGCGUUUUAAAGAAGGGCUUCCUGAACUAUGCGGCCACUUAUUGGGGGCUUCACGCGCGCGAGGUCGACCAAGAAGAACAGACUAUACAAGUCUUGAUCAAGACUUUUCUCAAUAAGCUGCUUUGGAGGACUCCACCACUCGAUUUAUCUCGCGGCAAAGUGGAUGGUAUGCCUUCAGAACUGGGAAUUGACAAAUAUCCUAGCGACUGGAUUGGCCUCCAUUUUCUUGCAUACUAUGGAAUUCCUUCAAAAGCAAAACGUCUUCUCGAACAAGGCGAGCCUAUCGAUGGGCAGGAUAAUGCUUUGGGUGUUACAGCAUUACAUUGUGCUGUCUAUCAGGGCAAUGAUGAGAUGGUCGAGUUCUUGCUCGAGAACGGAGCCAACGGUGAUGCAACCACUGCAAAUGGACAGACUGCCUUGCAUAUUGCAGCUCAGAGAGGUCACCGUAAAUGCAUGAAGCUGCUUUUUGCUCAGCAUGUUGACCUGCACAUUGUUGAUGAUUCAGGCUCGCCAAGCUUCCAUGCAGCUGUUGGGACAGCGACCGAUGAAUCGACAGUACCGCUUCUCGUCAAACACAAGGUGCUUUUGAACUUCCAGAAUCCUAAAACCGGAAAUACAGCACUUCAUUUGGCAGUCCUCACCAGGAGACCACGGAUCAUCUUGUUCCUUCUGGAAAAAGGCGCUUCUAUUGACAUUGCUAAUGAUGAAGGCUUCACUCCUCUUCAGAUGGCAGCGAACAUGGAUAACUGCGAGGCCAUAUCAUUGCUUCUCCAGCACUGUGCUGCUGUCGAAGGUCAUUCGGCGUCUGGUCCCACCGCUCUACAAUACGCUGCUUGGAAAGGCCACUGGAUUGCCUUUGAUCUUCUCCUGAUCGGUGGAGCAGACAUCAAUGUUUGGAACAAGCAAGGCGAGACCCUACUCCAUGAGCAGGCUCGCCUCAGUACCAAUAUCUCUAUCGUCACAAAGCUUUUGGAUCAAGGUGGAAACAUCGAGGCUCGCACCUCGCAAGGCUACACACCUCUUCAAUGCGCUGCUAUAAGCGGAAAUAAAACGAUGUUCCAAUUAUUACUCGAUAGAGGAGCCAAAAUCGAUGUCGUCACAGCCAAAGGAGAGACUAUCCUUCACAUAACCCCGCCAGCCAACCAGAACUGUCUUGAGAUUCUAAAAGCUGCUCUGGACGAAGGCCUCGAUGCCAAGGCCACCUCAAGUCAAGGCUGGACUCCACUUCAUCAAACCGUCUGGACGGGAACUGGUGCUCUUGACCUCAACUCGGACAAAACGGCAGAGUACAUACAGCUCCUGUUAAGCAACGGCGCCUCAAUCAACGACUGCUCGACUUCGGGUACAGUCGAGACACCUCUUCAUCUUGCUACGACCUCCCCUAUCCCGCGACCCUCCCUUGUUGAAUUCUUGAUCAAGCAGGGCUGCAAUGUAAAUACGACUAACGGUGAAGGCAAAACUGCCCUUCAUCUCGCCGCUGAGCGCGGCCGGGAGCCACUCUUCCGUGCUUUGCUGGAAGCCGGUGCCGACUUGUCUCUUCAGAUCCCCAAAGACAAAAAGUCUUCAGUGGGCACCGACAAGAGCGAAAAGGGCGACAGAAAAGAUACUCCCAUCACAGCCUUUGAUCUUGCAAAGAAAAAUCCUUUUGGAUCACUGUGGUUUGACGAUGACGGAAAGUUGCGCGAUGUCCCUCAAAGAAGUGGACGAGACAGCGCUACGACAAUUUUCGAGGAUAUGGAAUCAGACUUCUCUGGAUCAGAAACACAGGAAUCUACUUUGGUGGGAAGUGAGCAGCCUUAUGUUGUAGUAUAA